AAAAAGUCUUAGAAUUAAGAUCCCAAAAUCUGUGCGAUUCUCAGAGGCUAUACUCCGACUCCAUGGAAGAGGAAAAGGAAGAAAUCGGAUUCGAUAUCGGACUGGAGAAGGACAUCGAAGAGCUGAAACUUGAAGAAGAUGAACAGCAGCAGCAGCAGCAAAAAUCAGUAGGAGACGAUAAUGUUUUGCGAUUUCUGGAUUCGAUGGAUAGUUAUUUGACUCUUUUCGAUUCUUUAUCUCAUACACUUCGUCAGGGUUGGCUGGAGUUGGCUGGUGCUCGGCAUUCAAUGGGGGCUUCACGCAUCAAUAGCGCUUUACUGGACCUUAAAGUCCACUCUGCUUCUACUUUAUUGCAAGUAUCAGAAGGUCAUGAUUCCAUGGAGGAGCAACCGCACUUCAUCUUGCGGAAAUGGGGAUCCUUGGAUUGUUCUAGGUAUCAAAAUUCCAAAGAGGGUGAAUUGCAGGCGAAACCUGGGAGUCCACGUCUACGGCAACGGGGCAAUUCCCAGGUUUCUGAAGAGAUAACAUCUCCGAAGCAAGCUGCGCUAAAGGUCGAUGACCAAGUUCAAAAGGAGCGAUCAAGAUCUCUAUCUGUAUUUGGUACUCUUGUUUCCCCAAAGCUUCGAGAUGCCCAGCUAUCAUUUGAGACAGCACUGGAGACAAUUGUAGAAAUAGCAAACAUGCGUUCAGAAAUGCUUUCUGCUUUCGAUGGUGUCAACAAAGAAUUACGAGUCGCCAAAGAGAAGAGAUAGAGUAUGUUCUUUGAGGCACAAUUAGCUUUCUAAACCCAUCCGCGUGUUGGUAAUUGUAUGCCAGAAUUGUGUUUCUAUAGUGUGGGUUCCCAAUAACAUUGCUGAAAUCUCGUAUGUGGCGGUGAUGGAACCAACGGAAUGAUAAUUUAUUUUUUAUUUUUUAUUUUUUAUUUUUUGUGUUAAUUGAUAAUUGGGAUUCUGAAAUCUUUAGUAUAUGCCUAUAUGGUAUUAAACUGCUGAGCCUGGGUUUUACAGGGUUGUCAAA